AUGAUGCUUCCCUCCCUAUGUUGUCAAUUCCCUUGGAACGCAAAUCAACUGCGCACUGCUCUGCGAUUGACCCUCAACGGCUCUAGAUUUCCUUGUCCUGCGGCCAAUAAAUGCACAAGCGUAUCGAAUUAUUUGUAUCUUCAGGUCACACGCCGAUUCAGCCAGGAAGCCCACUACUCGAUUGCUCGGAGAGUUCCCCAGUAUCGAAGGAUGGCUCCUCCAAAAGAAACCGAGGUUGAUCACACCAUCCCAAAGCCGAGCGCAAGUGUCAUCCUCAUUUCGCCUCGAAACGAAGUCCUAUUGCUGCAUCGCGUGCAAACGUCUUCAUCCUUCCCGUCAGCUCAUGUUUUCCCUGGAGGAAAUAUAUCCUCGCAAGACGGCGAUUUCCCACAGGCAGGCCACUCGGACAGCCACGAUGAAGGCCCCCACUACCGAAGAGCGGCGAUCCGCGAACUCUUCGAAGAGAGUGGUAUCCUCCUUGCGAAAAAUAGGAGAACCGGCAAAAUGAUCUACGUAGAUGCGGACCAGAGGGAGAUCGGGAGGCAUGCAAUCCACAAGAACAAAAUUACAUUCAACCAGUGGCUAGCGGGCAUAGAUGAAGAUGCCCAACCGGAUAUUGACCCACUUAUUCCGUUCACACACUGGAUUACGCCAACAACGAAUCAUAGACGUUAUACUACACAGAUGUACCUCUACUUCCUGCCGUUGUCUCCAGAGUCCAAGAGUAUCAUCGGCAGCAAAGAGAGCGACGUCCAAGCGCCGACGUCGGACGGCGGGUUAGAGAUUACUGAGGCUAGCUUUCUCCCCGCAUCGGAGUGGUUACGACUCGCGAAGAAUGGGGAUGUGAUAAUGUUUCCCCCACAGGUUUUCCUACUAUCCUUCGUCGCUCAAUUCCUUGAGAGGCCCGGGGAAAGCGCGACUGCGGUUUCUAAAGAGGGGUCUACCAGGCGCCGCGCUGAAUUAGUUGAAUUUGUGCAUUCAGGGUCUCCCCCUUGGACUGAUAAAUUUAUCUCUCCAACAACAAUCGGGCACGCAACUGAUGGAAGAAGCAUACUUAGAUUGGAUUACGUUGGGCCUGAACUUCAAGGCUCAGCGAAGAAGGGGGAGCCGGAUAGAGUGGUGCUAGUCCGGUUUUGCAAAGAGGGACCGAGGGAGGUGGAGGUUCGGUGGAGAAAUGAGGUUGUCCUUGGAAAGAAACCUGCACAGAGCUCCCUAUGA